ACACAAUCAACCAACAUGUACAUGAACAACCACACACAUAUAUUACUACUGUUGACAUUGGCCUUCAUGGGCAUGGCCUUGGGCCAGACCUUGAAGAUGGCCGUCCUGCUGCCAGGCGUCAUCACGGACGUCUCCUUCAACUACAUGGUCAACCAAGGCGCUGGCCGCUCUGAACAGCAGUUGCAAAUAUCCUCGUCGGCCAUCCUGGAGAUGGUCAACACGUACGACGAGGUCUACGACAACAUCGUCAGCAGCAUUAACAAUGGAUACAACUACAUCAUCACCUGUGAUCCGAGCCAGGCCAGCGCCGCCUUUGACGCCGCCCACCGCUACGCGUCCAGACGCAAGGUCUACUUCCUGAUCAGGACCUCCGGCGUGCACCAGGACAGCAACCAGUACAUCUCGUCGUACGACCUCAACCCAAUCUCGCCAUUCUACAUGCUUGGAUACAUUGCCGGUCUGAGUAGGAACAACAUUGGACUGGUCGUGCCCGGUCCACCCGUGGAGAACUACUACACCGCCAACGCCUUUUACUCUGGCGUGGCCGCUGCCAAUGCCAACGCCGUGGUCAAUGUCGUCUCGACCAAAUCGUACAACGACCCAGACACUGCACUUGGCGCCGUUAACAUACUCAAGGGUCUGUCGAUCGAUGCCAUCACCCAGAGCCAGUACACCAUGAGCGUCUCACAAUCCUUCCUCAAGCAAGGUGUUGCCGCCUUUGGCUCCAAUGGAUUCCCUCACGAGUCCGUCCUCGGCGACUUUGUUCUCCAGAGCAUCGUAACCAACUAUCACGUCCUGUUCACCCAAGUUGGACAAUCAAUCAAAGAUCAGUCCUUUGAGAACACCCAUCACUACCUCGACUUUAACAAUGGAUUCUACACACUUGAUCGUUUCUCAUUCUUGGUAAGUCCACUCAUUCAAUCAUUCAAUCAUCCAAUCAAUCAAUCACUCGAUCGCAACGUUGAAGUGUUUGGCUCCAAGUGCAUUACUCAUGCCGACAUGUUGUCAAUGACAGAGUUGUACGAUGACGUUGUGGACAAGGGAUACUACUCAGUGCCAACCACCGAGAUCUAUGACCGCGAUCGUAUCAACAAGGUCUUUAUCUCAGUAUCGUCCAUUCAGAUAUUCGCCGGCUUGGUCCUGAUGACCAUGUGCAUCUUCCUGCGCAACAAGUUGCCAGUGCAAUACUCCAACCUGUUGUUCAUCGGUGGACUUAUGCUUGGAACAUUGUUGGUGCCAAUCGGUGUGAUCUUGUUCAACACUCAUCAGAAGACCAAGGGCCUGUGCAUCUCCCGUGUCUGGAUGAUCUCGCUCGGCUACACCUUCCUCGUGGGCCUCAUGAUUAUCAAGAACACCAGGAUCUACCUCAAGUUCAAUGAGCUGCUCGCCAAGAAGUCAGACAAGAUCUCGCCCAUCAUGCCACAGCGUGUGUACAACCUGUACUCGGGCAUCUUGCUGCUCAACCUCCUGUUGUUGGCCUUGUAUUCUGGCGUUGGCGGCCCAACCAACUUUAACUCGCUUGGCCUCGACGGCAUUGGCAAGUACGAGUUCACUCAAACCUGUGUGAACAACCAACAUGGUGACAACAUCCUGUACGCCUUGCUCGUGUUCCACGGUCUCCAGCUGCUCUAUGGAUGCGUCAUCUCUUGGAAGACUCGCGUGAUCGAUCUCGAGGAGUUUGAGGAGACCCAUGAGUUCGCCACCGUGACCUACCUCAUCACAUUCACGCUGUUCAUCGUCAUCCCAUUGAUGGCAGGCGUGGAGAGCCAGCGCAGUCGUGACGCCAUCGUCUCUUCCAUGGCCAUCUUCACCACAUUCACUGCCAUGCUCAUUAUCUUUGGCAGCAAGAUCUGGAAGAUUUACAAGCCAACAGAGGAUGACGGACUGCCCCAACUCAAGAUGCAGCGAACAAGGAAGAACCAGACCACCAUUUCCGGCGGCUCCCAAUUUAUGACCGCCAUGAACAGUGGUGGCAGUGGCGGCAACAGUGGCACCAGUGGCUACAGUGGCGGUGGAAGUCGCGGCUACUCCAACUCCAGG